AUGCACAUUCCAACCAACGAAAUAAAAGAGGUACAGAGAUUUAUAUUUGACAAAGGGUGUAUUGUGGUUCAGUUUGACAGAACACUCAAGCCACAUCCCUACGUCAAUGUAGCCAACUUUAAGGUUAUGAAGAUAGUAAGAAGUUUAUACUCAAUGGGCUGCGUAGAAAAGUUCUUUGCCUGGAGAGACGCUUACUAUGUCAUUACCAAGAAGGGAAUAGAAUACAUAAGAAGAAAGCACUACUUAACUGAAAACGACUAUCCUUCCCUGUACGAUUCUGACCCACUAGCAGAAACCAAGACAGUAGACCAAGAAGGGGAAGAGGAAAUUAUAUUCAAAGAAUAA